CAAUAUUAUGAUGCAUGACUGACACAUAAACAUGCUAACAGAUGGCUCAUCUCCAGGUGCCUUUUCUGUUAGUUAUAGACUCCUUCAGAUAAUUAUGAUGCUAACCUUUUGUGAGCUCUUUCAUCAGGAUAUGGAAAUGAAGUAUUCAUUCACCUAUUGGUGUUUGAGUGGGGCUUGGAUCAGCAUCAAUUGUUGGGGAAGACAUUUCACUCGUGGUAGCUGGGCUUGGAGUUACACUGGCAGUGGACAUGAUUGUGGAGGCUGCGGCAUUUGUAAGAUUUUCCAUCAACAUCAGGAGUGACUGUCAGGUUCACCAGUUUGGAACAGUUGGGGGUGCUUUCAGGUGAUGAAGGAAGAUUGCAUCCUUCUGGUACAUAGUGCAGGGAGUUGACAUAUGGAGGAAGAUCGUCAUAGUAGGCGAGUUCUUCAAACGUCAUUUGCCGUCCAACUUCCAGCAGCUGAACUGGAUUUCUGGUGGGGCCGGAGCACUUGAGUAUCACAUGCUGUCCGAUGUACACGGGUAUUUCACCAGUGGCGUUCAAUGCAGCCCAAUUAGCUGUAGAAACGGUCAAUUUUUUAGCUACGGCUAGCUAGGCAAUAGCAAACCUGCGAGGGGUCUCAAAUUCGACAGAAGAACCACUAAUGUGGGGAGUAGUGUGAAAGUAGCCAUUGGAUUCCCUGCUGGUUAGAUCACGCAUUUCUCCGUUUGCCGCUAUUUUGUAGUGGAGGCUAAUAAAAAGGGCAUUGCCCCGGGAAAAGCCCGAAUAGGACUAUUACACGAUCCGGCCGGCCGCGCCGCGCCGUAAACAAAGUCACGUGCACCGCCCGCAUACUAAUACGCAUGCGCCAACUUUAUCCCAGCAAAUCGUCAGUGCGGCAAGAUGGAGCUCUUUCAAGUCUUUCUGCUUUACGGCCUAAUAUCAGUGGCGCAAGGUCAGUCUUCUGAAAAUGUUCCUCUUGGUAAUAAUGUGACGCUGAACUGCACUUACGAACGCGGCAUACAGUGGGAAAUUAUUGGGAGCGGCAAUACUUCGCUUAAUAUAUACCUGGAUUAUGUUCCACCGGAGGCCAUAGAGAGGGGAAUUGUACCUGUACCCCACCAAAAAGCGGGAGACGCGAAUGUGAAUAGAUUGAAAGUUCUUGGAUCACUUGAAAACAAUCAGACACAAAUCAAGUGCACAGAGUCAGGAAAUGGAUCUGUUACAAUUGCAUCGUACAUACUGACUGUCAUUGGACCUCCGGAGAGGCCAGGGGAGGUGAGAGGGUGGGUGGUGGAGUUCUCUCCACUGAGACUGAGACUGGAGUGGGAGGAGCCAUUCUCCCACACCGACCACCCGGUACUCCACUACACCCUCUACACCAGGGACGGAGGAGCCCUCUUUACAGCUAACACCUCAAGUGUUACUUUUGGUCUCCAAGAUGUGGAAUUCAGCAGUAACUGUAUCCGCAGUGCAGAUGGCAUUGGAGUAGCAGCAGUCAGUGAUAUUGGGGAGAGUGAACUAUCUCCAAUAGAGUCCAUAUGGAGAGACGUGGAUGACAAACACUUUUCUGUUAUUGAAGGAAAACUUUUUUCCCAAAAUGAACUUUCAAUUCUUGAACUUCUUAUCAAGUUCCCGCAGCUGUGUGAGGGCCAGGAGAUGAGGUACAGAGUAGAGGUGGAGGAAGAGAGGACAGGGAGACUGGUCUACCAGGACACCAGAGUCUCAGAGUACAGAGGAGGAGAUGUGGACUACAGCAACACUACCUCUUCUCUCCUGGACCAUGGCUACUACACUGCUCUUGUCUUUCUCCAUACUGGGGGGCAAAACAUAUCCUCUUUUCCUUUCAGACUACUUAACAGUGGAGGGACAAAGGAAACUUCUGAGAAGGAAAGCAGUGGAAUUGGUGCUCAAGAAAAUGACUCAAAGACAGGUGAUGUGUUGCUGUCAGUGAUUGUGGUCCUGACCGCCCUGGUGAUAUGCUUUUUGGUAGCGGCAGUUGUUGUUGGAGCCAUAUUGGUCAAAAACAAAUUUUUCUCUACUACUCGCGAAGUAAAAGAAAGUGGGAACCCCAUAUAUGAGGGACCACUGUAUGAGAACAUGGAGGAGAGUCCAGGGACCUCCCUCCCUCCUCCUCCUCCCUCUGCCAGGAGGAGAGGGAGUGUCUCUCGGAGUGUGGACAAUGUAUACCACAGCUCCCCUGUCCCCAUCCCCACUGGCCCCGAGACUGAGGGACUGUAUGCUGAGCUCCUGGCUGCCAAGAAACAAGAGUCCCAGACCAGGGCCCCAGGGGGGUGAGGAGGAGGAGACAUACACCAUCAUGAGUCCAGCUGGACACGCUGCAAGAGAUGGGCUCAACUCCACUCCUAAUUACACGGAAGACCGUGCUGCCUGGAUUGGCAAAAGAAAAUAACUCAUUGCUUGGAUUGUACAAUGUAGCUAUUCCUAAGUGACUGACAUAAAGUUCCUUUUACCACUACUGUAGCCUGUAUGUAUUGUUACUGAAUUUUUAGAACGGAUAAAGAAAA